AUGCUGAAGUGGACGGUUUCGAGAUCAUUGUCAGCGAGCAGCUCGACGCCUCACGGUCCACCUAAUUUGAACAAGGCGCCCCGUAGACCUUUCAGAGACCUAUCCAACACACCUCCUGCCGCUGGGACGAAGACCAGGGGUAUAUCUGGACAAAAUGUCGAAAAUAUAUCGGCAAGAACGACGCCGGUUCGUCGAAGGAGGUGUAGAAGUCAUGGCAGCGAUAUGAGGGCGUAUUUUCAGGCAACGAAGCCUAAUUUGCGGGCGGGCAAACGUCAGUCGAUGUCGCAACAACAGGAGAAGUCAUCGGUCUCGGAGAGCUUCUAUCAGGGGACGCCAAGGGUCGACACCGAUAUCGGCCCGUUAACGUUCCUCCCUCAGGGCGGCAAGUGUCCCACAGCUCUUACGCUUCCCACGGAUCCGGCCCUGUUCAUGAGAAAGGCCAGGGCGAAGAAUUUCCAGAGUGACAACGAGCUUCCCCAAAAUAUCGUGAACGAGGCAAGGGCGAACCUUCAGUCGCACGUUUCCGAUUUUUUUCAACAAAUAUCGAUGGCCACGAGCCCGGAAGACGUGAUGGAGGCCGAGUCGGUCCCGUUCUCCGUCGCCAGACCCCUUUACCCUCCGAGGGGGGUGAACGAAGAGGGGGUGAGGGGGGCGAAGGCGAGCGAGGGCACGAAAAUGCCGUAUUAUCUGCCGAAACUUGCCAAGAUCACGAGGAUUCAUUCCAAAUGCAGGACGCCGUAUCACGGAAAGGCUUCCUCGGCCGCGAGCAAGGGCAAAGGUCACACGCCUUUGCUCGGUAAACUGUCGAAUUUGGCCAUCGACCAAGAUUUACCUAAAUUCGAGAACAUGGAUAACACGGUUACGGAAGUUCUCAACAGGGAGCAAGAGGUAAAUUUCACUGGGAAAACGGUGGCAGAGAUCCUUUUGGGAGACGUGGAAGAGAGGAAGAAGGUUCUGGGUAGUAACCAGGAGGAGAAUUCGACGAUGAAAACGGAUCACACCUACGAGACGAUCGUGGAACGGGAAGAGACGAUGGACGAGGAGGGAUCGUGUCACAACGACAGCUCCGUCUCCUCGGCCAGCCAACUCUUGGAGGACCCUUCACCUAUGUCCUGGGCGUUCACCUCGCCCACCAACGAUCUCGAUGGAGAAUUUACGUUGAAGAGGCAACGUGGGAUACGAAGGAAGCGGCAUCGAAAGGACACCGACAAAUUGUUCGAUGGGAAACGAGCGAAGAGACGUUCCACCAGCCCGUCCACUGGUAAAACGAAAACAGAGGCGGCGCAACCCACUUUGGCAGAGGCUGUGAAUCGAAACGUGAAGAAACUUGCUCUGGAAACCGACUUGGACACCACUUUGGACGAGAAGUGUUCGUUCGAGCCAAAAGCAUUGUUUUGCGGCCUCGAGGGACGGAAGGAGGAGGGGGUCGGGAGGAAGACGAAUACCUGGGAUCUGGACAGCCCCAAGUCCACCCUUACCGACGACUUUCACAGCUCGAAAUCGUAUUUGAACUCGGUGUCGAACACACCCGAGACCCCUUUGGUAGCCACCGUGAGAAGGUGUCUCAAGUUCAGCCCGGAAACCGAACCACCGAAACCGAAUUGCCAUGGAUCAAUAGAGAUCGAGUAUUCGGUCGUGGGCGAUCAAAUACACGUUCGAGUGAUAAGGUGCAAGGACCUGAGAAGGGCAUACGAGGGUCCUGUUCACGCUUACGUGAAAGCCAGUUUGAAGAACACGAACGGUGAGGGAGUGGUGAAGAGGACAGCGGUGCACAGGGCAACGCCGAAUCCCGUAUUCCACGAGACCUUGAUACUGCCCUGCCCAGUGAACAACAAUCACUGCAGCAGCAAGCCCACGUCCCUGGACAUCGCGGUCUGGCACAGAGAUCGUCGUGCAAGACGUAGCGAGCUGUUGGGCUGUAUGACUCUACCUCUACCCUUGUCUCAAGAUAAGGAAGCGACAUGGCAUCCGUUAGAAGCGGGAACCGGUCGAAACACGAGUACUCCUUAUGUCGGUUUGCCCCAAGACUGUGGAAUUUCGCCACCGUUGUCGAAGGACGGAGAAUCAGAUAAUAAUAAUUCAGGAGGUGAAGAUUUGACAUAUUUGAGGCAUCUUGAAUUAGAGCCUAUCGAUCCUUUAACUGGUUUACCUCUGCACCCGGGUUUCACAGCCAAAGGUGGUAGAACACCAUGCACUGUCACUAGGAGAUUGAUAAGACAAACUGCUAAUCAGAUUCCAUGGGGAUUUUCGCUCUCCUGGGGAAGACCACCCCGUGUGGAACGCGUGGACCCUGGCAGCCCCGCGGAGCGAUCCGGUCUGAGGCCAGGUGAUCACGUGGUUUUCGUCGACAUGACAAACGUGGUGACACGAUCGCGGGAAGAGAUUCUUGGAUUGAUCCAGGCUGCCACGAAUCAGUUGAUCUUGGAGGUCUAUCGGAAGGGGAAUAUUCACUCGUCCAUGCAUCGGCCUAACUCGAUGAACGUUAGCCUGCAGCAAUCGAUCGGCGGCGGACACCAUGCGGUUGCGUUUAACGCCGAGGUGUUCCCAAAUCUCGCCCCGGAUGCUCCGCCGGAAGAGGAAUUGUCCGUGCGCGAGACGCGUUACUGGGGCAUCCUGAAGAGCGGUCACACGCGUUUCAUGGCGCCCUUAGCGGAGAGGCGGGACGUCCUCUCCGCCGCUGAUUACUUGAUACUCUUCCAAAACCUGGACGAGUUGCUCAAGAUUUCGGAGGAGAUUCGCGACGAGGGAGGCGGAGUCGAGAGUUAUUUGUGCAGGGUCCCGAGAAUCACCGCAGCAUACAGGAGAUAUUUGAGCGGGUUGCAGCGCGCCUGUUGUCUAUUGGUCGCGCUCAGGCGGAACACGGCGUUCGCAAAGCUCGUCUGCGAGCCGGCUGUCCCGCAUAAAAGGAGGCCCGAUUUGACGGGUGUCUUGCUCCUGCCUCUGGAGCACUACAGAGAGAUGACGAGACUGUUGAGUUUGGCAUCGCCAAGGAAUUGCCAGCAAGCCAGAGAUUUAGCUCAGGGUUACAGGGAAGCAACGGCUAAUGCCGGUGUAAUGGAACCACCACGCGACACAGGAAGGCCUCUUCUCAGUCUGCAAGAAGUUGAAUCUCGAUUAGUUUUCGCGAGGUGUAAACCAUUCACCUUGGCUAUGCCGGGUAGACAAUGGCUAUUUGGGGGAGCGCUCGCAAAAGUGGAAGGUCGAGCGCGAUUGCAACCUUCAUGGGCUCUGCUUCUCACCGACUUACUCGUAUUUGCUCGAGUCUCCCGGGACCGAGUUUUAUUCGUAACCGAGGAGCCUCUCCGGUUGUCUAAUAUCGCCGAGGCUUGUUUCACCGUCCGAAAAAGACCGACAGAAUUUCGAUUGCAGAUAGCCAUUAAUCCAGCCGGAAAUUCGGAGAACGGUCACGUGGAGGUGAGCAACAGCGGUGGUUGCAGUCCCCACAGUCGUCCAAGAAGGCGAGUUAUGGUAUUGAGAGCACCGACACCGGAAUUGAAGGCUGUUUGGCACAAUCUUCUUCAGCGACAGAUAAUCUAUGUAAAUACAGGCUAUGGGGGAACGCCGAGCCAAGACAGUCCAGAAGAGAGUCCGAUUACCGGUAGCAAUUUCAUCACAAACGCGAUUAGGGAAUCUACGGAAAGCUCGCAGACUACCAGGGAAUCGCAAAAGCAGGAUGAGGAAAAAGAUUCACGCUCUGCCGAGAGUAUCGACAGUAUCGUUAAAAGUUCAAGAGGAGACAAUCAUUUGGCGCAAUGGGUGCGCAAUUCUCAUCAAAUUCCUCCUCCGGAUCACGAGGAGGUUCCUAUCGAGGAAUGGACAGCUGAGCAAUUGGCUGCACGAGCGCCAAGAGAAACGAGCAAUGAGCCGAGUAGAGAGCGAAACAGCGCCACAGUGGAAGACGUCAUAACGGAAGUAAUAAAUUCUGAUAUAGAGCAGCAGAGUACAGCUUCGAGCGCGAGUCUCAGUACUGUUAAAUCCAAUAGUGUAACCGCGAAGAAGAACGGCAGUCUUGCAUCUUCUAAGGAGAAUUCAACCAGCUCGAUUAACAUUUGUAGAAGAUGUCACAGAUCAGGUUGUCCAACACCGCCUUUAACGAGAGAUCCAUUUUCCCCAUUACCUCCAAAGAUCUCAGUAGUCCCACCAACACCUGAUUUAUGCAGGCAUAGAUUAAGAAAUGGUCUGCUCGAUAGUCCUGGAAGAAACAGUCCAAGUCAUACUUUAGCUGAUGGUAAUACAGAAGAUGGAAGCGAAGACGAUCUUGAUUGUGAUGGUGAACCACCGUACAGAGUUUUACGAAGAUUCGGUACAGUGAGCAGUCUGGAUCAGGACGACGAACUUGAGGAGCAAGGAGAUGACGAUAAUCGAGACACCGAAUCACCGCCUACGGGUUUAAGAGCAUGGACGGCUAGAGCGAGCAGUUAUGUAGUCAGUAAACGAUCAGCUUUGCUCGAACAACUUGGCGAAGGCAUAGGUGGAUAUCUUCUUCAAUCACCAGUUCCUCCAGAAAGAACAGAAUUCUCUCUAGAUCCAAAUGAUGAAGAAGGAACAACGUCUGGAGCUACCUCAGGAGAUGAUAUCUGGGGAACACCGACAUCUGGUGGUCCCGAUGACGAAAGUUUCACCGCAAGUUCGCCGCCGCCAGUUGGUGCAGGCAACGUGGUUACUUUUGGCGAAGAUAACUACGGUCUUAACCUAUCUGUGGACGAUGACGCCGAUCAAGAAUCCGAAAGCGAGGACUGCAAUCUAUCCGAGCUGAAUAUGGAUCAGUUGCUCGGCAGUGGAAGUCUCAACUCGUUGAGGUGUUUCCUUGGCAGACAGAGAUUAGAACCUCUUCCAGAAGAAGAGGAUACGUCUGGAAGUGCAAAGGAUCAAGUCGGAUGGUGGUGACAGCGGUUUCAAUCGGCGACGUCCAAAAACGUCGGCUCGAGUUCCGAUGGGAAUGAAAGGGAUCGAAUCUUCGCCAGAUUGAGCCAGGAGGAUGAAGAAUUUCGCAGAAAGAUAGUCAAUCUUCACAGAAAAUUGUCGGACGUUGAGGAUACUUGUACGAACGAGACAUCGGAUAGUUUGAAAAUCUCGAAGGAGGCGGAACGUUUAAAAGAGCUCGAAUCGGUCGCGCGAAGAGCAGAAGAGACUAGAGAAAAUAGAGAUGCUGAACAAGCGAAGAGAGAAGGAUAUUUAUCGACAGAACUCGGAGACACAAGGAAUCGUCGGUACAGAAGAAAUGAUACACAACACGAGCGAAGAAAACGUAUGGAAUUCUUUCGUAGAAAAUCGAAUAAACUUGAGGAGGAUUCGGAUGAUCAGAAUGACAAUAGUCCCUCAAGAACGACAGAGAAAAAUUUUUUAAAUAGAUUGAGAAUAAAACGACGCAGUAUGAAGCUGCUUAGCUUUCUGAGCGGAAAAGCUGCGGACAGAUCGCAGGAAGAACGUGCCGCGAGAUUACUAAGGAUGUACAUGCCCGAGAAAGGAUCCAAAGCACAAAACACUAUUUCUAUUCAUCAUACAUCCAGAGAUAGACGAUUUUGGAAGCUUCGAAGUCGAAGACGAACAAAUUCUUCUUAAAUACGAGAGAGAGGUUAGAUUCUCGGAGAACAGUCAAAACAGAAAGAAGAAACAAUAGAAAAACAGGACCGAUUUCUUUGUUAUUAGAAUUUCCAGUAUUCGAAUUAUCAAAGUUUUUUGAAUUCUAUUUAAGCACGUACAAGUUCAGACUUGUUUUCAUAGGAUCUAGCAUAACGAUAAAAAAAAAAAAGUUAGGUUUACAAUUUCGAGUUUAGACUAUUUCUUCGUCUUGUAAACGAUUUUAAAAAUGCGGAAGUACUUUCGUCAGAAAUGGUUAGUCGAUUAAAAAAUUCCAGAAUGUAAUUAUCGCAUUCUGUAUUGUAGCGUGCUUGAAGAUUUUUAAUCGAAAGGUUUUUUUUCCGAGAAAUUUAAAACGGUCUAGUGGAAUGUUUUUGAGAUACGAUAUUUCGUUUACAGCGUAAGACUGCUCGUCAAUCUAGUCUCACUCAUUACAAUUUAGAUGAGGUUUGUUUCAUUUUUGGAACACUAUAUUUCAAUAGGUCCGCAUGACUGACGCAAAGCGGCACUCAUCUUCCACCAUAGAUCUUAUUCGAACAUACGAAACAGAGAGAAAUUGUAAAAAAAAAAGAAAAAAAAAUUGAAAUUUUAACAUUACUGUUGGUAGGUUGUAACAUGGCCAACUGGCUGUAAUCAAUAUACAAAAUAAAGUAUAUUAUUUGUUCAA